CUGCUGCAGAAAUCCAUAAACGCUCUGCUCUGGCUUCCACCCUUGUUUACUUCUCUGUGCCUGUGCCAUUUAUUUCUAGCCUUAAGUUCUCUCUUGUACUGUCCUUUCAAGAUUAGGGCAUGGACUCAAGGGACAAAUUUCGCGUGAAGUCCGAUUCGAGAGAGUCGAAGCUGCCUCACAGCUUGGCAAGCAGCAGUUUAAAUGAGCACGUAAGUGAAUUUGGCGUUUGGUUGUUGAGAAAUGCGCAAUUUAACCGCUACCAGGACGAUUUCCUCCUUUCCGAAGUGAAAACAAGCAUUCAGAGAAUUCGCAUGGCUGCUGUGGACGGCAGAGACGAAUCGUUGAGCAGCAGGUGCGGGCAUUCGGACGCGGACGCCCAGUCCCCUGGCUCGUACAUAACUGUGAUCCCCGUCGACUACAGCCGCCGCUCCCCUUACCCAACAGCAACCACCGACUACCUGGUGGACCAGUACAGCGAGUACCUGCGAGAAAGGGCCCGGGACGAGUACCUGAGGGGUGAUUACAAUAUUAACAGUGAUCCUCAGUACGAGGACACUGGUCCAAUGUACACCUUAGCGCCUCGAUAUGCAGAGUCGCUUGCCAGCUACAACUCGAUGGCGGGGCAAGAGCGCGAGUGGGACCCCAGGAGCCUGGGCCAGGUUGCAAACCAGGUGGUCCCACAGGCACAAGCCAUGCAGCCCCAGCAGGUUGUUCACCAGGAGGCGCAAAACUUGAAUGAGCAGUUGGCUGCCAAGCAGCAAAGCCAACAGCAACAGCAGCAGCAGCAGCAACAGCAACAAAUCGCAGCGGAAAAAGCUGCAAUGCCUCCUCCAAAGAAAACGAUUCAAUUGGCUGUCUUUCUAUUUUCCCCGGUUGUUUUAUCAUUAGAGGCGCCAAGGCAUAUCACCGCUGCAGAUUUGGCCACCGCUGUUCUGCAAGAGGAGCAACUGGGCCUGCCCAGAAGCUCUGGUGACGCUUUUUCCAUCUGGAUGACGUCUGGCUUAUUAGAAAUUCAACUGAAGCCAAACCACAAACCUCUGGAAGCAAGACAGAAUUGGCAGUUUCUUUUGAGCAGAUUUAGUGACGCAUCAGAGUCGAGAAAGGAAAGAGAUGAACCAAGAAUUGCUCUCCAAAGAAAUGUUUAUCUUCCAAGACUAGACGAAGAGAGAAUCAAGGAGCAAAAGGUUUUGGAAUUACUUUAUGAAGAGGCGAAAUACAACAUUUUAGAAGGGCGGUAUCCGUGUGAAGUUUCCCAUUACAUAAUGUUAGGAGGGCUGCAAGCAAGAAUUGAACUCGGACCUUACGACCCGCACAAUCACACCCCCGAGUUUUUCCGGCAACAACACGGUGAUUUUCUCCCAGCCCACGUUCGGCGCGGUGCAGGCUGGGCCUGGCUGCCUGUGAGCAGCAAAAGGUCGCCAGAGGUGAGGCUGCUGGAGGCGUUUAAAAGCGUUCCAGCGGCAACUCCGGUCAAGAGGCUGAUCAGGAAGUAUUUGGAAUUCUGCUGGGCACUGCCUUAUUACGGGAGUGCCUUUUUCAACGGCCAAAUUGAGCAACCUGUGCGGGGCCUGACCUCUUUAAUUACACACCAAGACAUCCCGGUUUUAGUCGCUGUGAAUGAAAGAGGAAUCCACGUCAUUGACGAAAUUCAAUGCGUGAGUAAAACUGCAACUAAAAUUAGGUCAAUAUUUAAAUCAUUGCAAUUUCAGACUGUGUUGCUGGGACUGAAAUAUGAGGAACUGAGUUGGGAGUACGCGCGGCCGUCGCAAGAAGACAGCCCGGACUGUCUGCCCUGCUUAUUCAUUCAAUUUAUGGUCGUGGAAAAUGGAGCGAGAGUGUCGAAAAUCCUGCAAGUCUUUUCUAAACAAGCCAUCAUGAUGGAUGCUUUAAUUUCAACAUUUGUUGAUCGAUUGAAACAAAAAGCAAGCGAAGAGGCAGAAAAGGCCACUUUUGACGCAGCCACAGACACUGACGAGCUGCACGCACCGCUCAGGACUCCAAUGCGAAGAGAAAUCCCCCUACAAUCGACUCUCAGCAACAAACUAAGCAAACUGACUUUGGCCACAUUCGAUGAUGAUGGUCGCUGUAUUGGUCAAAUGGGAUCUUGGUCAUUCAGCCACUAACAAUCCCUAAUUUAUGUGAUUUUUACCAAAAAACUAGCUACUAGUCAAAUAAACUGUUUCAAUUUGAAAGUAAA